CAUAAACUAUACAAAUCAUCAUUUGCGUUCGGUCAUUGCUUGUGGCAACAUCGCCCACAUUUUCUGUUAAAAACGCAGUUAACUGUUUGUCGAUAUUUUAUGUGUUGUAUCAAAAUUGUAUUGUAACUCAAAAUUGAAUCGGCGAUCGAACGACGCAAACAAAAUUGUGCGCAAACACCAUCGGACGCAUCAUAUUCAACAACACUCGAAGUUCUACGUGUAAUCACCGCUCAUUUAACAUGCCAAGUCUACAAACGCGGGCUUACUUACGCAGUUACAUUCAGAAAAAUGUCGAAGAUGGUGUUUGGAAAUUUUCCUUAAGAAUUGCAACGAACGUACUCGACUUGUUAAUAACAUUGGCAGCUGGAUACGAAGUGAGCAAAAUAACUUCCGACGAAAAGAAAGAUGUUGGGACGUUUGUGGAAUUUUUCAUUGUACUAGCACUUUGCGUAUUUAUAUGGAUUGUGAAAUGUUGCUGUUUGAAUCGCUUUUGCAUAACAUGUUGCGUGAAAUGUUGCACCAAAUGUGCUCAACGAAACCAACCAGAAGAAUAUCCAAUCGGAGAUAUGGAUGAAGCUGAGGAAGCCACUGAAGAUGUCGGAAGACUGCAAUCCAUUUUGAACAAACUGCAUAUGAUAUUGAAUCGACUAGCAAUUGGUGCCGUUGGAUUUGAGGUGAGAAAACAGCUUUUCAAAUGGAAGCCGCUUACCACUUGGGACUACAUUGAAAUUUCAGCGAUUGUGCUAUUCUGCAUAUGGAUAUUGUCAAUAAAAUAUUGUAUUCUCAAGUGCCAUUGCCUAAAAUGUUGCUGCUGGUGUGUUAAGGGCGCCUGCUUCAAGAAACGACAAAAUAUUGAAGUAACGAUUGCACAAAACGGAACGGCAAAUGUGGAGAAUGUCGAAGUGCGUAAUUGAAAUCGAAGCAUUUGAUAGCAUAUAAAUGAUGGAAAGAAGACUAAAACACAUACACACACAAAAUUAAAUCAAUCAUGUAAAAUAUAAGAAUUGUAUAAGAAAUCUACAGGGAAUAAAUUUAAGUUUAGUUGAAUUGUAUCAAAAGAAUCGUCAUACGGAUAGGGUAUUUAUUUCAUUCAUUGUCAUUGAUAUAAAAAAAAUCGUGUUUCAAAAAUUACAUAAAGAAAUUUUCAGUUUAAAUAACACAAAUGAAACGUGCAUUUCUUUUUCCAUACUUUGACAUAAAGUUUGAAUUGAAUUUCGGCAACAUGUCCCGAUGACUUUACCGUUUUGGAUGCUUUUGACAAUAGGUUCAAACUUGAAUGCAUACAAUGUUAGUAAAAACGAAUGUGAAAAAUGUUUGAAACUACGUGCGUAGUAUUCUAUUCCAUUUGACAGUGUUUGUCAAGUCAAACUGGCACAUAACCUCACAAAUAGUAAGAAAAACAAAGUUUUGAUAAACAGUGGUUUCUGACUGAAAUUCGCAAUGAUUUUGCGGAGAGUGUUUAUCGUGAAUCCGGCACUGCUCAAAUGCCGAUAUUUUAGUUCAACAGCAAAACCGUUAAAAGUGCAAGAGCCGCUGAUUGUCAACAAUGCGAAAUAUAAGCGUGAUGAUUGGACGAAUCUAAAGCCUCGGAUUCAAUCUUACAUGAACCGUAAUAUCUACCUACAAGACCACCACCCGCUCUCAAUCAUACGCAAGAAGAUUGUCGACCACUUCUACAAAUCAUUCGUUACCAAUCGGGGCAGUCCGUUGUUCAGUGUAGUGGAUAAUUUAAGUCCAAUCGUGACGCUUGAACAGAACUUCGAUAGUUUGUUGAUUCCGGCCAAUCAUGUCAGUCGCAAAAAGACGGACAGUUUUUAUUUGAAUCGAAAUUUUAUGCUGCGCGCUCAUUGCACCGCUCAUCAAUUGGAUUUGCUAAAAUCGGGAUUGGAUAAUUUUCUUGUGAUUGGCGAUGUGUAUCGUCGUGAUGAAAUCGAUUCAACACAUUUCCCAGUUUUCCAUCAAGUGGAUGCUGUUCGCACGAUUAGACGAGACAAAUUGUUUGCCAAUCACGAAGAUUUGGAAAUUUUCGAACCGAAUUAUGUGACCAACAGUGAAUCAAUCAUAACAAACGAUGCAAACGGAAAAGUCGCAGAAGCUGGAAAACAACCGUGCCACACACUCGAAGCGGUUAAACUAGCCGAACAUGAAUUGAAAACAGUACUUGUUGGCCUUGUGAAACAUUUGUUCGGUGAUAAGAUCAAAUAUCGAUGGGUCGAUGCAUACUUUCCAUUCACGCAACCAUCGUUUGAGCUGGAAAUUUGGUACAAUAAUCAAUGGCUAGAGGUUUUAGGAGCUGGCAUCAUACGCAAUGAAAUAUUAGAAAAAAGUGGCAUUUCCAAUUCAAUUGGAUGGGCAUUUGGAAUUGGACUCGAACGAUUGGCAAUGAUUCUGUAUAAUAUUCCCGAUAUUCGACUGUUCUGGAGUACUGAUAGCGGUUUCCUUUCUCAGUUCGACGAGUCGAGAACAACGGCCGAAAUGCAAUACAAACCGGUUUCAAAAUACAAUCAAUGCUAUAUGGAUGUGUCAUUUUGGCUCCCAGACACAUAUACACUAGACAAUUUCCCAGUCAAUAGCUUUUAUGCACUCGUACGCGAAGCCGGAGGCGAUCUCGUAGAACAAGUCAAAAUAAUCGACAGAUUUUUCCAUUCGAAAGAGAAGAAAAAUAGUUUGUGUUUCCGAAUUAUCUAUCGUCAUAUGGAGCGAGACCUAACGAAAGAUGAAGUGAAUGUUGUGCAUGGGCAAAUCAGAGAUGAAGUUAAAAAGGAAUUCAAUGUAACACAUCGUAUUUAGUUUUAAGCUGUGGGUCAAAGCACUAUAGCUCCUAAUCGUAAUCAUAGGAAUUUAUGUUGAAAUAAAUGAGGAAAAAAACACAA